AUGCUGCACGCAACGGACCCCAGCCUGCUCGACGUGAGCGCCGUCGUAGCGCAUGCUCAAGUGCUCAUUAAUGCACAAGUGGCCUCCCUGGCAAACCUGCAAACGUCUGGCAUCUACUCGCACGCGGCGUCCUCGCCCUUCUGCUCCAUGCUCGGCGUCUGCCCGCCGCCGCCUCCGCUCUGCUCGGCGUUUGGCAUCGGCUGCCCCGCUCAACAUAGCGGGCACCCCGACCUGGCGAGCGCUCUUUCCUCGGCGUACCACGGGGCCCUCGAGCAGCACUACUACUCGACGACGGCGGCGCAGGCCUUUGCGCUCGUCGGUGCGGGCGACGCGCUGUCUCAGGCGAUCGAGAGGCGCGGCGGCGGAGGAGGAGAGUACGACCCGGCGAGGACGGUGCGGAUGGCGGUCCUCGGACUGCUGAUCGGCGGGCUGGGCACCGCUUGCUGGCUGCGCCACCUCGAGGCGGCGCUGCCCGGGCACGACUCUGCGGCGAGGGUCCUCCAAAAGGCGGCGCUCGACGCGUGUGUCUGGGCGCCGUUGGCAAACAGCGGGUACCUCGUCCUCACGCCGCUGCUCGAGGGGAGGAGGCCGGAGGAGGUUGCGUCGAUGGUGCGUGCCCGCUUCGUGCCGGUGAUGCGGACCGAGCUCUGCACCUUCUUCCCCUACAACCUCGUCUCCUUCUCGGCGGUGCCGCCGCUGCUGCGCCCCUUCUCCACCGGCUUCGUCUCGAUGUGCUUCGCCGUCUACAUCUCGUGGAUCACGCACAGGCGAGAGGCCAUGACUACGCGCGAGCAGCAGCAGGCGGAGGCCACGGGGUGA